CUAUCAGCUUUAAAUGCAUGUUUGUGCACAUUGGCAAUACAAGAUGUGUCUUCUGCCCAAACUCUUCUCGGCAACAGAAUGUGUUUCAGUGCUGGUUCUAACACAGAUAAAGGCAUUUAUGCAUGCGAUGCAGCAGGAAAUUUGAUGGAUGAAGUUGUCAUAGCAACUUUUUUUUUUUUUGCAAAUGUCAUCCUUUUCCAAAUCAGCUGGAUAGAUGACUGUGCUCCUCUCUGUUAAUUUUACCUGUUGUAUUGGCUGUGCUCCUGAAGCUGCUUUAGAAGGCUGAAGGCCACGGUGGGAAUUAAGCCACCUGCUCAGAUAAUUAAUGGGGGAGGGGGAUUCCUUCCCAAGGGUGCAAAAAACAAAACAAAAACCCCAACCCUAUGAGAUGUAUACUGCAUAUGUGUUUCAUUUCACAAUAUCUUCUGGGUUGUAUGGGUGGAGUCUUUCCUGCGCUGCUACAGAUUAAAAGCAUUAAGAUGCCCCUCCUUUUGCUACAGUGUAGUAUGCAACUCCCUAGCAACUUGCUCGGCUGCUGAUCCACCCAGUGUUUGUUAAUAACACGCAUUUCUCUUCCAUCGUGACCGUCUCUGAGUGUUAUAACUGUGAUUGUGCAGGUGGAUUAAAAACAAAAAACGAUUAGAAUCGCUGCCCAGGAUGAAGGCAAGGAAAGCCUUCAGCAUUUUUGGCACCAGAGUCAGGAUGCGUCCUGUCCAAAAGUCUCUGUGUGCACUGAUAGUGCUGACAGCAUCCCUGGCUUUCCUGUACCUUCACGUGUGGUCGCCAAAACAUGACAGUACGGUGGAUCUGCGACAUCGACCUGAUCAGCCGCCCAAGUUCUUGUUGCCCGAUCACGUGCUGGUGCCUGACAAGAAAUAUGCGCACAUUGCUUUCCGGAUCAAAGAGGAGAUUCUGGAGCUUCUUCCUAAAAAUUCCUGUAAAUGUGAGGCACAAGCAAGUUUGAAACUGCCCUUUCAGAAAGAGCUCUUUGGUCAGGAGUACUCUCUGGAAUUUACCAAAGUCUUCAAGCCUUCUGACCUGGCGGACAUCAACAGCAAACGGGAACAGGAAUAUCGCAGUCAUCAGCAGAGGUCUCGGUCUCCACUUGACCAGCUGAUCAUUGUCCAAGCCAACUCACCACUAGAAUUUCCAGUUCAAGGUGUAGAAGUUCUCCCUCUCCAGACCAUUCUUAUUCCAGGCUUGGGCUUACAAGCAGCUGAAAGAACAUUAUACCAGGUCACCUUGACAGCAACAAUGGGUACUUUUGAUGUGGCUGCGGAGGUAGAAGGCGUCAAAGUGGAAGGGGAAGGACGCAUGCACCUCUCCCUGUCCGGAUCCCAGCUGGACAAUCUAAACCGGCAAAUGCAGUUUGUCACCUACACCAACACCCUCUACCAUCCUAAUACAGCAGAUAUAGUGCAGUUUUCUACUGAUGAGCAUCGUGCAUCUUUCAGCAUUCGCAUCCGACAUAGACCUACUCCCAAGCUCUACUAUCCAGGAUCAUCCAGGGGAGGAGCUAGUGAAGGAACCUACAACAUCAGCGCCCUGGUCACCAUAGCUACCAAAACCUUCUUACGCUAUGACAAACUGCGAGUGUUGAUUGACAGCAUCCGCAAGUUCUACCCCACUGUGACCAUCAUCAUUGCAGAUGAUAGCCAGGAUAUCGAACACAUAAAGGGACCUCACAUUGAGCAGUACUUCAUGCCCUUUGGCAAGGGCUGGUUUGCUGGUAGGAAUCUUGCCGUCUCCCAGGUGACCACCAAGUAUGUUCUGUGGGUGGAUGAUGACUUCAUUUUCACAACCCGCACCAAAGUGGAAAAGCUUGUAGAUAUCCUUGAGAAAACUUCCCUGGAUUUGGUGGGUGGAGCCGUACGGGAGAUUACAGGCUUUACCACCACAUACCGCCAACGGAUCAGCGUGCAGUCUGGUACUGAGGAGGGAGAUUGCCUGCAAGUCCGCCAGGGCUAUCACCACACCAUUGAAGGUUUCCCUGAUUGUGUAGUCACUGAUGGAGUAAUCAAUUUCUUCUUGGCACAUACAGAGAAGGUGUUGCAAGUUGGCUUUGACCCACGCCUCAACCGUGUUGGCCACCUUGAGUUCUUCAUUGAUGGCCUGGGUAUUCUGCAUGUCGGUUCCUGCUCCAAUGUGGUGGUAGACCAUGCCUCUAAGAUCAAGCUACCGUGGCUAAAAUCGGUAAAUGAGAAGCAAUAUGCCAAGUUCCGCUAUCCCAACUCGUCGGAUGACUCACUGAACACCAAACAAAGCCUUUUCUACUUCAAGAACUAUUUCAAAUGUAUGACAGGCAAUUAGUCUUCAGUCAGAGGGUGCUGAGCCCCACCCUUGACAACUGGCUAAGUCCUCAGGUGAGUGGAGUCUCGGACAGCCUGCUCUGGCAGCUAGCCACAGCUCUUGGCAAACAAGCUUGCCCUGUCCACCAGCCAAACUCAGGGAAGCUUCUACAUUCUCAGGCCUGAAGAGCAACUUGAGAAAUGAACUUCACUCUGCUUAAAACAACAACCACAACAACAACUGUGUUGUAACAGAAUUAAUUGGACAAGCCAUCUUCCAGACCUUGUUGAUAAAAGGAGGAUUUUG